UCGCAGAUCUGGCACUGGCUGAUGAUGAUGACUCUUAUAGUUCUUCACCAAGAUCUUCACCUCUUUGAUUCUUUAGAUACUGUUAAUUUUAAUGACUGUUUAUUGGAUGUUGUUAAUUGGAUAGUAUUGUUAAUUAUUGUGGUUUAUUGGACAGUUGUCGCUGUCUUAAAAUUAUGAAGUUCUAUCUGACAUUUUUUGGGGGCCGUUUUGAGCUACUAAGCCAGUGAGGUCAGAAACCAAAUGUUCUAUCUGCUCUAUCAAAAUCGUAAGAAUAUUCGGAGUCAUGUCAAGAUCUUCAAAGAAUUAAUUGCAUUCGAAAAAACGUGGUAUGUUGUGAAACUCAAACUUGUUGACGUCAAAUUUCUCAAAACUAGGUACUUUGUAACUGUCGUCUUAAUUUUUGUUGUUAGUUGUUUAUUAGAUAGUAAUUUGACUGAUUGGUUCGUUGGUUGGUAUGAAUAUUAUUACUUGACGAGAAGUACAAGUAGAGGAACUACCACUUAGUGGGGUGUAACCUUCAUGCGUAGCUGGUCAUGGUCGUUGACGUAUUUUUGUUCGCAUCAUUCUUGAAAAAGCUGCGUACGAUAAUCCGAUUUAUCAACCAACCAGUUCAAAGGGGGUGCAACAGGCCGUCAGCUUAACCAUAUCGAUUUUUUUCUUGGUGAUUUAUAAUGGUUCAUAUCGAUGAGAAAACCCAAAGAGAGGCAAAUUUAUGCCCCAGUCUCCCAGUGUGUAAGCCAUUCGUUAUGUUACGCUCUGUCAAGUUUGAGAUGUCGAGGUGCAAUGGAGUUCACUAUUUCAUUAUUUCAAGGAGUUCGCUAAAAACUGUAUUUGUAAAAUUAUUUCUGUCUUAUAAUUUCGAGCACUAUUUUUGUUCUUAAUAUACAGCAUCCUUUGUGAAAAUUUUCAAGUGAUAGUUACUUUAAAUUUUCAGUGAAUUUGAUGACAGGGCGAUAAACACCAUCAGCGAUUCUGAAUACAAUUGGAUAAACAUGUGACUUGUGCUAUUUCUUUGGUUUCUUUGGUAAAAAUACUGAACCGAAGAGGAGAGAUUCAGGAGGUCUCUGUUCUGAAAAUGAAGAAAAAAUUCCAACGGAUUAUCUUCACUGUUAUCUGAACCUCAACAAUAAUAACAUCAUCAGCAACAACAACAACAGCUAGAGCAGCAGCAGCAACAACAGCAACAACAUGUCUUCGUCCAAAGAGUACGUCCAACACUUUAACCAGCUCACCCUUCAGCUACUCUCGGACAAGGAGCGGGGUGAGCUGCACAAAGGUUUGAGGAACUAUCAGCGCACGAGUGACCUCCCCCGGCUGGCGAGGACUGUCAGACGUUUGCUCGAUACGCCCGAGAAACAGAAGCUCUUGGCUUACAUCCGGGCACCCAUGAGCAGUCUGGAGAAGUGUCACUUUGACAGACUAUUUGGGGAGAGUGGGCCCAAUUCUGUCGUCAUGUCUACCAUCAGUAGCAGUAGGCCUGGAUUUCUGGGUCCUAUCACAACGCCACCUGGGAGCACCUCGGCCCUGGAGCGUCCUGUGACCAUCCACGGGUCACGUGGUGGCUCCAUGGGCUUCAGCAUCAGGGGCGGCUCCGAGUUUGGUCUGGGCAUAUACGUCAGCAUGGUCAAGCCUGGAAGUCCUGCAGGUAUGACGUAGCCUCGUGUCGUGUGGUCGCCACCCCGCCCGCCAGUGAGACCUCCAGCACCUCGUCCGCGCCGCACGUGCUGGUGGAGAGGAAGGUGGUGAUCAACGUGAGUCAGGACUCGGACUUUAUAGGACUCAAUAUCCGGGGAGGCCGGGAGUACGGCGUGGGGAUAUACGUGUCCAGCGCACAGCCAUUUGCUACCCAGGAGACAAGGAUAUUAUGUACCGGAGGAGUUACGAGGACUCGUGGAAGGAGCUUGACAACAUCACAGACGCCGACGACCACCACACGGAAACACAGAUGGCCAACUCGUGGUCCGUGGAUAACAAAGACAGCCUGGGCCACUUCAGGCACGGCUCAGACCACAGCGAGCACGCCGUGGAUUAUACCACAUUUCUCCAGCAGAGCGCUCUGAGAGAACAGCAAAGACAGGAAAUUCAACAACAGCAACAGCAACAGCACCAACAGCAACAGCAACAGCACCAACAGCAACAGCAACAGCACCAACAGCAACAGCACCAACAGCAACAGCUGCGUUCUUCGAUUAUUUCUCACGGAUACAUCGAGAGUGUAAAUAAUAAUGAACCUGUCAUCGAGACUUUCAUAGAGGAUGGUGAAGACAUACCCGUCAUCGAGACGGUUAUAGAAGAGGCUGUGACGGAUUUCUCGGCGUCUUCGCCUGUGUUCACCACCACCAGUAGUGCCGGGAGAAGCCCCACGCCGUCUCGCUCCAGCUCACAGAGCAGAGAAAACGGGACGUCAGAGCACGUCUAUUCAGAAGUGGCGGUGACCUCUGUACAGAGGACGAGAACAAACAGUCAUAGCGGUGAGUCCUCUCCUACUGCCGCCAUCCAGCCGAUUUACGCUACUGUGAACAAAAAGCGGGGAAGUACGGGCAGUGUCAGAUCUGUGGGGUCAGGAAAGACCCGAAGAGCACCAGAGGCGCCUUCUGGCGCGAAAGUUGUCGUGAGUAAUGGGGUCACGGAGAACAAUCUGGAUGAGAUUUCCACAGAACUACGCAGGCUGCAGACGAGGCAGUCCACCUUAGGCUUCCGGGAGAUCUCUCGAGUUGCCGGAUCGGAUACUUCUUCCAGUUCUCAAGCCUCAUCGGAAAAGGGCGAUGAUUCCUUCGACAAGGGUAGUAAAAGCGGCACCUGGACAUCGCUCAAGAACAAGCUGAAGGGAAGCCUCAGGAUAAAAGGAUCAAACAAGAAUAGAUCUUCAAUACCUUCUGCAGACGCAUACGCAAGAAGCAACAGCAACAGCAGCAACAACAGCACACCGAGCGGCUCCCUCCGACAGAAGGGUGUGUUUGAGCGGAGUUUUGGCUCUCAGCUGCUCAACGCUCACUCGUCCGACCGCUACAAUCUGAUGGGAGUCCUGGAGGACCACGCGAGGAGGACGCUGAAAGACGAUGAGUGCACGGCCGUGCUGAGACACGUGCAUAAUGUCUUCAGAUAAAAGGUGGCAGGAACAACACUGAAGACCAAGCAAUCCGGAUACACACCGUUGUGAAGGGUGGGGCUGCCUCGGAUGACAGAGCACUGCAGCCUGGCAAAGAGAUCACUCACGUCGACGGAAAAUCCUUACUCGGCCUGAGCUGUGAUGAGGCAGAGUCAAUAUUGCAGCUGUCCUUCAGCAUCAAGACCCCAGUCAACAUGGAGCUGAGACUUCGGCGCUCAUGAGAAACUGCAGCUAGAGAGCAUAAUAAUCCAUAGAUUUGUAUUGUGAUGUCUGAGACUGGGCACUAUUGUUGACGUAAUUCGGUUCACCUUGGAGUGCACUGUUUGGAACCAAGUGAAGGCAAAGAGAGUACAUAACAAGACAGUCCACUCAGCCAAAAAAGUGUCCGCCGGAAGUCCGCUCUUUGCUUCAGAUGGCGCCACCGAAUUUUGAGGACACUUUUUUGAUUGGCUCGAAGAGAGGAGUGGACCCUCUUGUUAUGUAGACUCUUUGGUGAAGGGUAAAGAGGGAAAAGUUGCGAACAUACUCGACUACAGCGAGACGAGUGGUUUUGGCUUCCCUUUGCAUGUAUGUCCACUGUUUCUUAUACAGACUUCAACAAAAGUUAAGGACCACUUUGGCAGACAGUCCUAAUUUGUUUUAAUAUCCGAAAAAAAAA